GUCUGCCACAGUAAGAAGGUUUCCCCUACUGCGCAGCCGCAGCCCAGGUGACGAAGAUGGUGCUCAUCAAGGAAUACCGUGUCGUGUUGCCGGUCUCUGUCGAAGAGUAUCAAGUAGGGCAGCUGUACUCUGUGGCUGAGGCUAGCAAGAAUGAGACGGGAGGAGGAGAAGGAAUCGAAGUUCUGAAAAAUGAACCGUACGAGAAGGAAGGGGAGAAGGGACAAUAUACACACAAAAUAUAUCAUCUAAAGAGUAAAGUUCCUGGGUAUGUAAAGAUGAUUGCACCAGAGGGAGCAUUAGUUUUUCAUGAAAAAGCUUGGAACGCUUACCCAUACUGCCGCACUAUUGUGACGAACGAGUACAUGAAAGACGACUUCAUGAUAAAGAUCGAGACGUGGCACAAACCCGACAUGGGAACAAUAGAAAACGUGCACGACCUGGAUGAGGAGACAUGGAGGACCGUAGACGUGGUGCGCAUAGAUAUUGCAAACAAAGACGAAGUAGCCCCAGGGGACUACAAGCCAGAAGAAGACCCCUCCCUUUUCCACUCCCCCAAGACGGGCAGAGGACCACUGGGUCCCGAUUGGAAGAACGAGCUGAAGCCAGAUUGUCCUUACAUGUGUGCGUAUAAACUGGUCACUGUCAAGUUCAGAUGGUGGGGUCUGCAGACCAAAGUGGAAAACUUCAUCCACAGGCAAGAAAAGCGAAUUUUCACCAACUUCCACCGUCAGCUGUUCUGCUGGAUUGACAAAUGGGUUGGUUUGACUAUGGAGGACAUCCGGCGGAUGGAGGAGGAGACCCAGAAAGAGCUAGAGGAGCUGCGUAAAACAGGUCCGAUUCGAGGCACCAGUGCUGCUUAUGAGCAGUGAGGCAAAUCAACCAAACCCUGUCAUGAUGAUGUCAUCAGAGACGCGCCCACCCUGCUGAGAAAGUGGCCCCCCGACUUCGCCUCUUCUCGUCCCGUCUCACAUGAUUCAUUGGGGGGGUUUGAUGCGAUUGGUUAACAGUACUGUACAGAUCCCACCCCUGUCACAAGCCUCCUGUUCACUCAGUUAACACACACACACACACACACACACACAAAAGCAUAUAAGAAAAUGUAAGAAAAAAAAAAAGUUUUUGCAUACAUGUAUUAAAAGAAGAAAAAAAAUUGCACAGAACAUAAAAUUGCCUGAUAUGUAAUUGUUAGUUGAUUCUAAUGGGCUUUGUUUUUAUUCAGGUCUGUAAACUAUGACUCCAGAAGCCAAGCCUUUUAAAUUAGAAUGUUGUUUUCUAGCUUCACAGGUCGGCACCACAAAUUCAGUUUAUUUAAGCAGGUGUCGGACCGCUUACCCUGUCUUGUAAUAUAACUGUUUCUGAUUUACUUCCCCCUCACUACUGUCCAUUUGCUUCGUUUUUGUCCUCAAAGCUCGUUUGUUUUCCGCUCCUCUGCUUCAUCCUGCUGUCCCGUCUGUCUGACAGUUUUCUGGAAAUACUUUCUCCCAGCGUUUGGAAAUCUGAGGUGGUCUUGAUGAUAUCAAACAGUUAUUUUUCCUCCGCAUUCAAACACGACAUGUUUUUUUUGUCAAACAGUGGAAUCUGUAUUUUUAUUUUUUUUAUUUUUUUUUACCUGUUGCUGCAUGCGGUAGCUGCAGUGCAGCUUCUCUCAGUUCUACUGCGUUCAGAGUGCAAGGGAGCACCUCCUACUUGUGUCAGCGUGAGCAUUUGUGUGCUUGUCAGUGUUUCUAACUGCCUUCACUCUUAAAGGACUGUCUGGGGUUUUUUUUAAUUUAUUUUACUUUUUUUUUUUUUUUUGGAGUGGGAUUGAGAUGGAUAGCUUCAAAUCCAGGUUAAACCAGCCUUCUGAACUUUGCCUCACGCUGUCGCUGCAUGGCCUUCUCUCCUACGGCUAGGGCUUUAACCGGACGGCUCGCACAGCCUCCACAACGAAACAAAGCAAAACUAAAGUGUGAGUGUGCAUCGCUGCGUGCAUGAAUUGGGUUAGUUUUUUUUUUUUUUCCUCUCUUCUUUUUCAAAUAAAUAUAUGUAUGAUUAUGUGUCCAAAAUCUGAAAUUUCUCAACUGUCAGAAAUGGGUCCAGGCUGAUCCGCCAUGUUUGUUGGGGAUUUUUAUUUUUUUCUCCUCCGUUUCCGUUUAUGUUUCCUGGAAAUGAGCCUAAAAAAUUUUUUUAUUCUGAUUUAGGCUAAGUUUGAAAAUUGCUCUAGAUUUUGAAGCGAUCCUGUUCGCUUCUUUGGCUACGUUACAUGAGAUUUUCACAUCUGUAGGUUGGGGUUUAGAUGUUUUUGUUUGUUUUUUUGUUUUUUUUUCUUUUUUAGUAUUAUCAUUUUUACUAUUAUUUUGAGCUUGGGGUAAAAAUGUAGUCAAUGUUGUGGCUUUAAGGCUGGCGAUCUGGUCCGAGUGUCUCAAUAGUUGAGUUUUGUCACAAAGUUACAUGAAAGCUUGACUGUAAGCGUGCUCUUUAUGAAAUCCGAGAACAAAGCGGACAAACUGUAGAUAUGAGCGCCACUGGGCUAUUAGCAUCGUCAGGUUUAUUCAUUUACAAUAUCGCUCUGAUUUCUUAACGGCAGGUAAUAUCAGCCGUGUGUGUAAAGCAGAGCCGACCGUACCUCAUCCAUGCUUAUGAAUGUGUAGCUCUACAUGCAUAAGAGGGACAGAUGUCGAUAUCACCAGUACACGAGGACAAACGGUUUGACUAAAGCUUGAUUUGCAUGUUUGGUUUUAAUUUUUAAUUAUUUUUUUUUUUUAAAAACACUUUAUUUUUGCCAACUUGUUUUGCGAGUUUCUCGAACCGCAUCAGACGAGGUGAACAGUUAAAGGGGCGGACUUCCCUCACAAUCAGACUCUCCCCAGCUGGACCUCUGAUUUACGAGACGAGGAGUGAAAAGCCCGGGAGUCUGGUCAUGAUGGGAGUGGAUUCAGCGGAGUUAUCCCAGCCAACGGAUACUGUAAGGAGACAAGGGCUUGGAGCAUAUAUGGAAAAAACGAGAGAUGGAGUCCAAAAAUACUGUUUUCUUAUUGUAAUCAUGAAUAAGCACUUGCAAAAUCUACUGGGUUUUUUUUUUUAUGUUUUCUUUUUUGUUGUUUUUUGAAAGACAAAGAUUCACAAUGUAUUCAAUUUUCUCUUUCUGAUAAGGCAAACAUUCAGGGGAAUUAGUAGUGAAUGUAAAACAAUUAGUACCUUUUUUCCUCGUUCAUAGCUUUCAGGCUGUGACGGAAGGUCUAGACAAUGGAGCAUAACAGAAUAUCUAAUAAAUUUGAACAAAUAAAAUGAGCAGUGUUUGAUUUGUUUGGCUCCUUCGUGAGAUGAUUAACUGUUUUAUGACGAGUGCUUUGUCAUUUUCUUUCACUUUAUAAACUAAAUUACACAUUA